AUGUUACAACUGGAAGACGGCCCGAAGGCCGAUAUAAAUGGUACUAAGGAAGUCUCAAGGCCAUCAUUCGACGAUGCGCUCGAAAAUGCACUUGGCACCACUGCAGAGAAGCCCAAACGCAGUGAAACAUGGAAUUGGGAUGAUGAUCCCAGUAAUCCUUACAACUGGCCGACAAGUCAGAAGGUACUACAAGUGACGAUGAUUGCUUGGGCGGCUUUUACAACAACUGUUGGAGUAUCUAUACUAUCACCUGCUCAUUCGCAGUUUAUGGAAGAGUUUGGUGUCAGCAGCACAGUCGCUAUCCUACCUUUAUCACUAUACGUUUUCGCCCUAGCACUUGGUCCUAUCGUUGGAGGACCUCUUUCCGAAACUGUCGGGAGAUACCCAGUCUACUUAGGGACGAUGUCUCUGGGCACCUUAUUUACUCUAGGUGUUGGGUUUUGUCCCACAUUUGCGGGGAUUUGUGUUCUACGUUUCUUGGCUGGUUUCUGCUACGCACCGACUCUGGCCAUUGCGGCCGGAACUCUCAAUGAGACCUUCAAACCAGUUUCACGCGCUCUUCCAUCGGCGAUCUUUAUUCUUACGCCCUUUUUGGGUCCUGGUCUAGGGCCUGUGAUCGGAAGUUUCAUUGUCAAUCGGAAAGGCUGGCGUUGGACACAGUGGACAACGAUCUUCUUUGCCAUCUUUACGUGUAUCACAGUUGCAAUGGCCAAAGAGACUUUUCACCCUAUCAUCAAGCGUCGCCGUGCCAAGGAACUUGGAUUAGAGCUCCCCUCAUCGCCGUCUUUCUCUUCGAAGCUGCGCUUAUUUGUAACCAUUUCCCUCCUUCGCCCUAUCCACAUGCUCGUAACUGAACCCAUCGUUGGCUUCAUUUGCCUUUACAUUGCAUGUGAAUUUGCGACACUCUUCUCGUUCUUCGCGGCCUUCCCAUUGAUCUUCCGAGGUAUCUAUCAUUUCAACCUCGAGGACUCCGGCCUUGUCUUCUUGAGCAUUGUCGUCGGAUCUCUACUAGGAACUGUGACAGUCAUAAUAUGCAACAUCUUCCUGUACCUUCCAAAAGCCUCAAAGCAUCCAGACGGGCAAAUCCCACCCGAAUAUCGCCUCUAUCCAGCACUGAUAGGUAGUGUUGGACUACCAAUCGGUCUUUUCUGGUUUGCAUGGACUGCUAGAGCUGAUAUUCCCUGGGCGAGUCCCGUCGUUGCCAUCGUUGUUUUUGCAUGGGGAAAUCUAUGUGUCUUCGUGAGCACAACCCAGUACCUCGUUGAUACUUAUCAUGGCCUCACUGUCGCAAGUGCCAUGAGCGCCAAUGGCUUGGCACGUUAUGGACUCGCGGCUGCGUUUCCUCUGUUUACCAUCCAAAUGUACAACAAGCUCGGUACAGAGUGGGCCUCUAGCUUGCUUGGGUUUAUUGCAGUGGCACUUUUGCCGGUUCCUCCCUUCGCCUGCAUCGCGUUCCAUGCUUUGAGGACGUCCCCUGUAUUCGCGACAUGUGACAUUGAAUAUGUCCCCGUCUCCCUACGAGACUUGUUCCAGUCGUGCCAAAACACGCCUCCUAUUGCAGUCAAGAACAAGUUCGAAUGGAUCAACCGAGAGCGUAUUUACUGGGCCCGCCGCUUGCAGGUUCCCAUGUCCGAAUCCAUCCCCAAAGGAUUUCCCGCGUCCACCUCGGAGGUUCAGCUGGCUCUCAGCCUUCUGGCUACACAAUUCCCCAAUAAGCUAGUUCCCAUCGCAGAUAAGCUCUAUCGCGGGUUCUGGGAAGAGGGAAACUCGAAUGUCCUCACUCAGUCCGGUUUCGCUGCUGUCUUUGAGAGUGAGCUUGGCGCUGAGAACGCUAAGCAAAUUUUGGAGAAGUUCCAAGGCCCUGAGGCAAAAGCCAUUUUGGAUGGAAACACACAACAGGUUUUCACCUCCGGCGCCUUUGGUUUGCCUUGGUUCGAUUGCAUAGAUGCUCAGGGCGCAAAGGAAGGCUUCUGGGGUAUUGAUCAUUUGGGACGUCUUGUGGACUUCCUGCAACUAGACGCCAGUCUAGACAAGGCUUUCCGAGUCUUACUUUGA